CUUUUAUUAGAAAUGGGCAGCUGUUUCAUUUGCACGAGAAUAAAAACUCAAAUUUAACAACAGCGACAACAAUUAGCACUUUUGAAACUAUUUGUUCGUUAAUAAUUAAGCGCCGGAAUGUCGAAAAGGACAAAAAAGGAUGAACAUUCCGAGGAUCUGCAGUCUUUCCUCAAUAAUUUCCACAAGGAAAUCGAGGACAAAAGCGAUGACAAGGUGGUCCACACAAUUUUGAAGGCCAUUCGGGCAGAGGACGGUGACUUGGAAGAGAAUGACGAUGAGGAAGCUGCAGCUGAAGAGGAGCAGCACGCAGAAAAUGACGCAGAGGAGGCGGAAGAAGAGGAGGAGGACGACGACAAGUACUUCAUAGAUGACGAGGGAAACUGCUAUAUCAAGACGACGCCCAAGAAACAAAAGGAGUUGCAGAAGAAACUUAAACAGGCAGCUGUCAAGCCCGGAAAAGUCACACGAUCGGUGGUCGGCAAGGCCUCCAAUAAAUCAAUCAAUCUGCGUCCAGCCAAAUCACCACCAAAAGCAGCCACAUCAAAGCCACCGCCAGAAACCAAGUCAAUAAGCGUACGCCCUGCUCGAGCAGCUGCAGCCAAACAAAAGUCGCCUGUGAUGCCGCCUCCACCGGCACCAGUUAACAAACUACCAAACACUAGAGGCAGGCCUAGGAAAAACCCCAUUUUACCGAAACCCGAACCCUUGGACCUGGAGCGAGAGAUCGAAGAGCUUGUGGAUGAUCCUGAUAUCAGUUCAGUGGUCAACGAAAUGGUUGACUGUGAAAUCGACAGUGUUGCCGUAGAAGCAGCAGUUCUAGGAUCGAACGAUAAUGAGGUGUAUGAGUUCGAUGACAACGCAGAAGAAAAGACGGCAGAUGAGGAGGUAGUUGACAAGAAGGAUCUUGACUUUGUGCUAAGCAGCAAAGAGGUAAAGCUGAAGCCAGCUUCUGCCAGCCAGAAUGCAAAUGCCUCGGCACAAAAGUACUUAUGCCCCCACUGCCCGUACACGGCAUCCAAGAAGUUUUUGAUCACGCGUCACUGCCGUACUCAUGACACCGAACCCGCCUUCAAGUGCUCCAUCUGCGAGAGAUCGUUUCGAUCUAACGUUGGACUUCAGAAUCAUGUGAAUACGCACAUGGGUAAAAAGCCGCACAAAUGCAAGUCCUGCGAAAGCGCCUUCACCACCAGCGGCGAACUUAUCCGGCACACCCGAUACAAGCAUACAAAGGAAAAACCGCACAAGUGCACGGAGUGCAGCUACGCCAGCGUUGAGUUGACCAAGCUUCGUCGCCACAUGACUUGCCAUACGGGCGAGAGACCGUAUCAGUGUCCGCAUUGUACAUACGCCUCGCAGGAUAUGUUCAAACUGAAGCGGCAUAUGGUUAUCCACACAGGCGAAAAGAAAUACCAAUGCGACAUCUGUAAGUCGCGAUUCACACAGUCGAAUUCCCUAAAAGCCCACAAGCUCAUCCACAGCGUCGUUGACAAGCCCGUCUUUCAAUGCACCCUCUGUCCGACAACUUGCGGUCGAAAAGCUGAUCUGCGCAUCCAUAUUAAACAUAUGCACACCGCCGAUAUACCGAUAUCAUGUCGCCGUUGUGGUCAGCAGCUUCCCGAUCGCUACCAGUAUAAGCUGCACGUAAAGUCCCAUGAGGGCGAGAAGUGCUACCGCUGCAAGCUCUGCAGCUACGCAUCGGUGACCCAUCGUCACCUGUCGUCGCAUAUGCUUAUCCAUUUAGACGAGAAGCCGUUCCGGUGCGAUCACUGUCCGCAGAGUUUCCGACAGCGCCAGCUGCUGCGCCGCCAUAUGAAUCUCAUACAUAACGAGCAGUAUAUGCCACCGGAACCUCGCGCCAAAUUGCACAAGUGCCCAUCCUGUUCGCGGGAGUUUACUCACAAGGGUAAUCUUAUCCGACACAUGGAAAUACAUGACGAUUCGGUGAACGCUCGCGAAAAGCAGCUCCGUCUUAAAAUGGGUAGAAAUGUGCGCCUCCAAAAGGAUGGCUCCAUCGUUACGGUGGCUAGGAAUCAAUACAUAGAUAUAGACGAGGGUGAAAACAGAGAAGAGGACAAUCCGGAGAUCUAUGACCUGGCGGAAAUAGAGCCAGAAAACUCGGAGAAUGAAGAUACAGGAGUAGAGGAAAUUUUGCCCACUACUUCGAUCCGGCAAAAAAAUAAACCAGCUCCCGUUAUUAUCAACAAGCAGGCUAGGCGAUCGGGCACCGAGAAUCAGCCUACGAUUAUCAAUCGACGCUUACGAUCUCGCAGCGGCACCAAAACGUUCCAUAUCAAAGAGGAACCGGACAACAUGGAUUUUACAGUGGAACUUCAAGGUGAUGAUGGCGAGGUAAUGGUGGUGGAGCUAGUUAACGGCGACGAGGAAGUAGUAGUAAAGCGCGAGCCAAGUGCGACAUCUAAGAUUAAUGCCAGCAACUGUUUUGGUUUUGAGGAGGAUGAUGAUUAUGAUGAGUUCGUCGGAGAUGCAGAAAACGAAGUUGAUGGCGCCUCACAGGAGUUUCUGCAGCUAAUGGAUAUGAUUGAGCAGGAUUCUUAGUCUCCUGAAAAACAAACACUUGAAAUAAGUAAUUAAGGCUAACUUAUGUACAUACCAAGAUUACGAUAACGUAAUUUGACGUUAUAUUGUUUUCUAUUUAAAUACAAAUACUUAAAAAGUUAAAAUGGGGUUGCCUAUGUAGAAGAUCCUAAUGAUUUCUGAACUUUGUUUUUAUUAAUCAAUUAAUUUUGCAUACAAAUUUCGAUGUGUUUUUUGGUAAAACUCAUUAGAUUUGAUUUUAAACGACUUAUUGCCAAUAGAUUGUAAUUGAAAAUCUGUAAAUGGCCCUCGAAGAUUAUAAAUGAUUUUAAACACUUAAGUUUUAGUUGACAACUUGGCAUAAAUAUUUAUUUAAAUACAUAUACA